CGUAUAUAAAGCCGGCCGAACUGCGUCAUAACAUCAGUUUACAACUAGACGAGCUAAAGGAAAGCAGCUGCUGAUAUAUACCAAAUAAAGUUUGUUUGUGAAAAAAAGUAUUUGUAUAAUUUGGAUUAUUUCCACUAUAUCAGAUUACUCAUUUGAACCAUGUCUCUCGUACCAUUGUUGUUUCACGAUUGGUGGGAGGAUUACGACCAUCCAAUGCGCCUCAUGGACCAACAUUUCGGAAUGGGCCUAAAUCGAAAUGAUCUUAUUACUAAUCUGCGGGCAACUCCAUCCCUCUUCCGUGGCGGUUAUUACAGACCUUGGAGGAAUGAAAUUACUGCUGACGAUUCCUCGUCGACCAUCGUUGCUGACAAAGAUAAAUUCCAAGUGACCUUAGACGUUCAGCAAUUCAAACCAAAAGAAAUCACCGUAAAAACAAAGGACAAUUGCGUAAUUGUGGAAGGCAAGCAUGAAGAAAAACAAGAUGAGCACGGAUAUAUUUCCCGUCAUUUUGUUCGACGAUAUGUCUUGCCCAGAAAUCACGAUGCUGCCGAUGUAGUAUCUAGUUUGUCCUCGGAUGGAGUAUUGACCAUAACAGCGCCCAAGAAGGCCCUUCCAGCUGCAGCAGAACGAGUGGUCCCCAUUACCCAAGCCGGCCCAGCCAAAGAGCAACAGGCCAUUAAGAAAUAAGUCUGUUUGAUACAGAAGACUGAGUAUUUCAUUCCGAUGAUUCAUUAAUGAAGUAUUAUUUUUUAUUUAAUACACUUUAUUAGUGUACGU